AUGAGUUUCCUCCCCAUAAUCAGUGACCUGAUAUCACCGUUGAGACGACUGCUCGGUCCAGCUCCUCCACCACCACCCACGGGCCCGUUCACACCAACAUACAAGGAUGUUUGUCAUGCGCGGGCCCUUCUCAGAACCCUCGAUUUACCCACAGAACUUGUCCUACAAAUUCUAGAUUACGCACAGUAUUGGCCUGUGUACGAGUAUUCGAGCCAUAUUCCUCGUGAAGCAAGCGCAGAAACACGCCACUUUAGACCAUGCGUCGCAACUGUAUGUUACGAGGCCGCCAUCUUUGACAAUGUCAUCUACGACGAUAUUCGUAAGAGCGGCGAGCGGUGUCAAGUCAAGAGUGUGGAGUUUGAAGUUGUGAGCCGCGAUCAAGGGUGGACAUCGCAGAACACACAGGGUACAUUCGAGACCACGUCGUGGACCGAAGUGUCGAUUAUGAGAGAUACGACGGGCAAGCCUCAUCGAUCAUGCAAUUUCACACUAGAGGGUAUCUACGACAGUCCAGCAUCAUUGCACGCUCGUCUAGCGGACCAGGAGAGGGACUGGGAGCUUGUGAAGAGGCCCGAGAGCGCGUCGAUGGGGCCGCAAGAUGGGGAGGGGCAUUUUGCGUGGUAUUUGCAGGGAAAUUGCGUUGCAGCGGGCAAUAGAGAAUAUCACGUCUCCUGGACUGGGGAUGGCUUUCAAGGCAAUGAAGGGUCGGGUACUGGAGAAGGGUUUGUACGAGAGUUGAAAGAUGGUGACCGGAUCUUGAUAUGGGCGAGAGCCAAGUAUCCUGGCUGGCAAUGCCAUGUUGAUUAUAUCAAGAUUGUCGUUCGAUAUGGUUUCUGA